AUGACCUCUUUUUACGACGAGAAAGACUUGGAGGAAGAGCUCAGUCGAGUCAACUACCCUGAUGAGGAUUUGGAGUUUGAGUACUUGUUUGAAUAUGAGCCACCUUGCAGCGACUUCGCUGCGGGAGAUCAAGAUGACCCCAACCUUGCAUCUCACAAAGUCAUCAGCCCUGAGUCUGAGCAGGCUUUCCCUCUGGAGGAAGCCUCCCCAUACGGCAUCAAGUCCUGCAGCCCGCCCUACAGUGAACACAACACUGAGGUUCUCUCAGGAUAUGACAACCAGGAGGCCAGAAACUACCUGGACAGUACCCGACCUCCAGGUCUGGCUCUGAGCCCGCGGAUUGAAAUCACUCCCUCCCGUGAGCACUACAACCAUGGUCGGGACUCCCUGCAGAACCACCACCUGAACAUUAGUCCCAGACCCACCCUCACUGUGCCUGGCCAUGACAACCUUCCCUACCGUGAGCCCCAGUGCCUGAGUCCCGCCAGCAGCAACUCCUCCACCAGCUGGCACUCGGAGAGCUACUCCCCCUGGGCGUCUCCUUGCGUGUCCCCCAGCAGCGGCCAGAACCCCGGAGAUCUCUGUCCCCGAUUACAGAAUAUCCACACUGGCUCCCCGCGCACCUCCCCGGGCACCUCUCCUCGCACCAGCCUAGGUGAAGACGGCCUGGGACACCGCUCACCCUCCCCCAGACCUGGCUCCCGCUCCACCUCCCCACAGGGCAAACGCACCUACGACAUGUACAGGAAUCCAGGCCUAGUCCCUGGACACCGUUCCCGCAGUCCCUCCCCCCACAGCGGCCAUGAAGAUCACAACAUAGGUGCCCACUAUACACACAGCAGCCUUGCUGAUGCCAUGAAUGGUUUUGCCACCGGUCAGCCAGGCCUCGUGCCCACUAAAAUAGUCAAGACAUCCAACCAGGUUUACACUCUGUACCCAGAGAACCAUGCAGAAGGGAACUACUUGGUGUCCUGUGAACAGGACAUAAAAAACAAACCUGCUGCAGAGCCUUUCUUUGUCAUCCCCCCAAUCUGGUCCAAGCCGCUGGUUUCCAGCAUCUGCAGCAUCCCUGUGGCUUCUCUCCCCCCGCUGGAAUGGCCGAUCCCCAGUCGCACAGACCAGUAUGAACUCCACAUUGACAUGCAGCCCAAGCCGCACCACAGAGCACACUAUGAGACAGAGGGAAGCAGGGGUGCAGUCAAAGCCCCCACAGGAGGACACCCUGUUGUACAGCUGCACGGCUACAGAGGCAAGGAGCCACUCGGCCUGCAGAUCUUCAUCGGUACGGCAGACGAGCGCAUCCUCAAGCCCCAUGCCUUUUAUCAAGUCCACCGCAUCACUGGCAAGACGGUUACGACCACCAGCUUUGAGAAGAUUAUCAAUGGCACCAAAGUCCUUGAGAUCCCCCUGGAGCCAAAGAACAACAUGAAAGCAAUAAUUGACUGCGCUGGGAUCCUGAAGCUCAGGAAUGCCGACAUCGAGCUGAGGAAGGGCGAGACAGACGUCGGCCGGAAAAACACCCGAGUUCGUCUCGUGUUUCGUGUGCACAUACCUCAGCCUGGAGGGCAGCACGUCUCUCUCCAAGUGGCCUCGCAUCCCAUUGAAUGCUCCCAGCGUUCAGCACAUGAACUUCCCAUGGUGGAGAAGCAGGACAUGGACAGCUGCUCAGUCCUGGGCGGCCAGCAGAUGAUCCUGACUGGGCAGAACUUCAGCUCCGAUUCCAAGGUCAUUUUUAUGGAGAAAACCCAGGAUGGGCAACAAAUUUGGGAAAUGGAAGCAACAGUGGACAAAGACAAGAGCCAGCCUAGUAUGCUGUUUGUGGAGGUGCCGUCCUACAGAAACACGUCCGUCUGUCAUUCUGUCAAAGUGAACUUCUACGUCAUCAACGGCAAGAGGAAGCGCAGCCAGCCUCAACAUUUCACCUACACACCACUGGCAUCUCCAUCCAUCAAGACAGAGCCUUUAGAUGAGUAUGAAGCAGACCACAUGGGCUUUGCAAUGCCUCAGAUCUUAGGCUUAUCCCCACACUCCUACUACCAUAACCCACGCAGUGUCCUCCACCCAGACAACGGCCUGGUCUCUGGCAGCAUGGCCUCCUGCCAGCGUCUCAGCUCCAGCCUCCCCAGCCAGGACGCACGUUUCCAGCAGCAGAGCCCGGCCAUCGUCUACUCUCGUGGGGGGAAGAGUCUGAGCGGCAGCCCAAGCCUUUAUCAGCAGACUGGAGGGAUGAUGGCUGAACCCCACCGGUCGGUCCUGGUCCACACAGGCUCCCCGGCUCAGUCUGUAGGUCCCAUCAGCGCAGGCCAGCACCCUUCUAUCAUCCAGUUCUCCCCCACCAACCACCACCUACUCCGGGCAGGAGACCCUCAGCCUCUCGCUGCUCCUCAGCCUGACACCCAGCAGAUCAUCUACUGCGAUGGCUACUCCCCUCAGGCCGCCACCUCCCACUCGCCCACAUCCCCCCAGGCUCAGGCGGCGGUGACACACCCUCAGCACUAUCCCACCGUGAUCCAGCAGCAGCCCUACACACAGAAGGGGCAGCAGAAAAGCCGGGCUGCCCCUGGCACAGGGCAGGUGGAGGCUCCAGGGGAUGGACAGAGGAGGGUGACAGUUAAAGAGGAGAACCUGGACCAGGCCUACCUAGAUGAUGUGAAUGAGAUCAUAAGAAAGGAUCUGACGGGCGUUCAGGCCAGAGGGCAGACAUAGAGGACGGACUCGAGCAGGA